AGAGAUCUCUGUGGAAAGUCUCCAGUACACAGGCCCACAAGAAGCCCUGUGGCUGCUGGGGACCCCACUUUAGUCUGAGGGUUCUCUGGCUGUUCCAGGGAACCCCAGGUGCCACCAACUACUCAACCUGAGGACUGUGCCCAACAGACACCUCAACUAGAGUCUCAAGGAUGAACACCCCCUCUGAGGUCAAGAAGGAUCUGCUGGGAGUUGCAGAACACCUGAGGCCAUCAGAGCCCAUCACCUUGGGGCCAGGGGCAUCUGCCUGGCAGCUGGUCUUGAAGAAGAUCAAGGAGUUGUCCAUCUCGGGCCGCCAAGAUGCCUUCAUGGUGGCUGACCUGGAUGUGCUGGUCAGCCGCCAUCGGACCUUCCUCCAGGCCCUGCCCAGAGUCCAGCCCUUCUAUGCAGUCAAGUGUAACAGCAACCCCUGGGUGCUGCUCGUCUUGGCUGCCCUGGGCACCGGCUUUGACUGUGCCAGCCAGGGAGAGCUGGAACAAGUGCUGGGCUUGGGCGUGGCCCCCUCCAGAAUCAUCUUCGCCAACCCCUGCAAGGCCGUCUCCCACAUCCAGUUCGCAGCCCGCUGUGGGGUGCAGCUUCUGACCUUCGACAAUGAGGAGGAACUGAUUAAGCUGGCCCGGUACCACCCGAGGGCUAGGCUGGUUCUCCGGAUACAGACCCUGGACAGUCAAAGCACCUUCCCUCUGCACACCAAGUUUGGAGCCCAUCUGGAGGCAUGUGGACACCUGCUCCAGGUUGCCAGAGAGCUGGGGUUGGCUGUGGUGGGGGCCUCCUUCCACGUGGGUUCCGACUGCCACACACCUGAGAGCUACAGACAGGCCAUCGCUGACUGCCAUCGUGUGUUUGAGAUGGGCUGCAAGGCUGGCCACCACAUGAGCCUCCUGGAUCUUGGAGGGGGCUUCCCAGGAGUUAAGGGCUCUGAAGCCAAAUUUGAGGAGGUGGCGAGAGUGAUCAACACUGCCCUGGCCCAGUACUUUCCGGAGGAGACCGGUAUCGAGGUCAUUGCAGAGCCUGGCCGCUUCUAUGCGGGGUCCGUGUGCACAGCUGCUGUGAAUAUCAUAGUCAAGAAGUCUUCCCUAGAUCCAGGAGGCCACAGGAAGCUGGCAUACUACCUUAAUGAGGGCCAUUAUGGAGUCUUCCGACUCUUCCUCAGGGACCCUGUCCCCAGGAUACCCAUAGUGGUGAAGGAGUUCCCCUCGGAGCCCCCACUCUUCCCCUGCACGCUUUAUGGCCCCACCUGCGAUGCCUAUGACCGGCUUUUUUCGACAGAGGUUCAGUUGCCAGAGCUGGAUGUAGGUGACUGGCUGAUUUUCCCUGACAUGGGUGCCUACAGUAGCUCCAUGAGUUCCACCUUCAAUGGCUUCCCGAUCGCAACUGUCUAUGAUGCCAUGAGCCCCCAACUCAGGAGCCUACUGGAGACAGUACCUUAGGCCAGGACAUGGCCAGAAUGAAGAGGAGUCAGACACCCAGUAUGAUAUGCCCACUGGGGAAAGCUUACUGUGAGAGGCCUAUGGGGUUGGUCCUUGGGGGAAAUGAGGCCUGGCCUCUUCUGCACUGAUGAGACCCUUUUAUACGUUGAAAAGAGUUUUCUUUUUAAAGUAAGCUUGAAGUACCAGAUGACUGUACUGGGUAGCUUGGCAUCCCUUCUGGCUCUCGAUCUCCUAGACUAUAGGACCCCCAUGGAGAAUGGGUGAGACAAGGAAGGCCAGAUUUGUGCUGACACAUGAGCUAGUCACCUUAAUCUCAAAAAAGACUGGGUCCCCUGGGGAAGGAUACUAACAAAAGGGUACCUAGGAGUGCUUCAGGAUGAAGUGAGGUGGGGAGUGACCCCAGGGGGAAAGCCACUAACUCCUGUGUGCUUUCUAAACUUUGCCUGACGAAGCUUUCUGGGAUGCACAGUCUCUGCCAAGGCUUUCAAGACCUGUCCAGUUGUGUCACAGCCCAGCUCUACCGUCUGAGCAUCCUUGAACGGAAGAGAAUCCCCCACCAUGAGACAUCCAGUGGAAGGUGUGGGCUGCUGACUCCACCCAUGAAUGUGGGAAAGGCUCAGUCUUCAAGACAGUGUGGUGCUCAUUUGGCCUCUCCACAGCUUGCAACUUAGGAGUGGAAAUAUUAAUAUCUAUCUAUCAAAGGGGUUUCAAAAUACAGGUAUAUUGGGCUUUGGCGGAAAAAAAAACUGUACUUAGAUGC